CCUUCCACCAUCUACCACCUCUGAACACCGUGAACACCAUGUCGAACGUUCUCCCAGACCUCCCUUAUGCAUAUGACGCUCUUGAGCCUUAUAUCUCACGCCAGAUCAUGGAGCUUCACCACAAAAAGCACCACCAGACAUACGUUAACGCUCUCAACGCCGCAGAGAGUGCCUACGCCCAAGCUUCCACGCCAAAGGAGCGCAUCGCUCUCCAGGCGGCCCUCAAAUUCAACGGAGGAGGCCACAUCAACCACUCUCUCUUCUGGAAGAACCUCGCCCCUUCUGCUGCAGUCGGAAAAGGUACCGGAGGUGAAUUGCAAGAGGGCCCACUCAAGGAGGCUAUCAUUGCUGCGUUCGGUAGCCUCGAUAACUUGAAGAAAGAGUUCAACACAGCGACUUUGGGAAUUCAGGGCUCUGGAUGGGGAUGGCUCGGUUAUAAUACCUCAACGAGGCGCCUUGAGAUCGCCACCACGCCCAACCAGGAUCCUCUCCUGCACCUCGUGCCCAUCAUCGGUGUUGACAUUUGGGAGCACGCCUUCUACCUCCAGUAUCUCAACGUCAAGGCUGAUUAUCUUGCCGCGAUCUGGUCCGUGAUCAACUUCCAGGAGGCUGAGAAGCGUCUUGUCGAGGGAGCCGCACCUAAGCUAUAAUCUGCAAGGCAAUCGAUCUUGAAUGGAGGGGGCAAUUUGAUUCACAACGAAGUAGUAUAAGAAGAAGUAAAUAAGAGUGUGUCGUCUAACGAGAAUUCAAAUAUUCAGCUUUGUUCC